AUGGCGAACUUGUACGGCGCAGCCAACCAUUCAUCUUCUGCCUCCCAUGAUGAACCGGAUGAUUUCUCACUUUUGUUGCACCAGAUUAUGCUUCGUUCAUCUUCUUCUGCAUCAUCAACUUUCAUGGUUCAGGAAAGCAAGGAGGUUGAGUGUAUUAGGCCCAGUUGGGGUCCACCUGGAAAUCAAGAUUGUGGGCUCCAGUCUGUGGUUUCUGGUUCUGCCCGGCUGCCUUUACCGGAGGUGUCUACCAGCGGCGGCGGCCUCCGGUGGUCUUCCGUUGGUGGAGUUUUUGCUGCCCCGGGAACUUGUUUUCAGGAACGUGCUUUGAAUGUGUCUUCUUCCUCUGUUUCUGUUGGAACUGUAGACAAUGAUCUUAAUGACUAUGACUGUGAGAGUGAGGGUGUUGAAGGGGUGGUGGAUGAGGCUAUACCAAAACCAACUAAAGCCCGUAAUUCGUCUAAGAGAAGCAGAGCUGCUGAAGUUCAUAAUUUAUCUGAAAAGAGGAGAAGAAGCAGGAUCAACGAGAAAAUGAAGGCAUUACAGAAUUUGAUACCUAACUCAAACAAGACUGAUAAGGCUUCGAUGCUUGAUGAGGCCAUUGAUUACCUCAAGCAGCUUCAGCUCCAAGUUCAAUUGCUGACCAUGAGAAAUGGUUUGAGCCUUUAUCCCAUGUGUCUACCUGGAGUUGUACAGCCAAACCAAUUGUCUGAUGUGAAAAUAGGUCAUGAGGGAAACAAAUCCUUGAAUAUGGAUUUUGCAAAUGCACUUCCUGUAGACUCAGUUACACCUGGUAAUCUCAUGUUCAGUCCACCAGAAAAUUACACCAGCCACAAGCCGACAUCAAUUGUCCAUUUUUCCCAGCUAAAUGACUCAGCCUCAGGACAUUCACCAGCACCGGAAUCAGUUAUCAAUUCUCAUGGCCAAGGGGUUUUCCAGUUCUCAUUACCUGGAUCUUCUAAUAAGGGAUUUUUCGUAGAGGGAAAGUUACCUUGUCCCCAAUCUGAUCACGGCAACCAGGACAUUCUUCGAACAAAGUCUCUAGAAAAUUACAUGGGAACUGAAGCUGCUGGAUCAUUCAGUUUUAACACACAAGCAUCUAGUUUGGACGAACAUUCUCUGGAUGUAAGUGUUCUUGGAAGAGAAAAUGCAGCUGGAGUGUUCCCGUCCAAUCAGUUGGAAUGUGGAAAAGUCCCGAAGUCACAAGGGGAUGGAAGUGGUAUUAUCUCAAUUUAUCUUCAAGUAUUUUACUCCCUCACUCACACAAUCAUACUAUCAAGCACAUUGCAGACGAAUAAAGAUCGAGCCCUAGGGGAAAUGGCGACGGUUUCGAAUGGUCCGAACAAUCAUCAUGAGUAUCGGAACGGAGGUAUAAGCGACGGACCGACCAAUCCAAUGGUCACGCCUCUGCUUACGGAUCUCUAUCAGUUUACCAUGGCCUAUGCUUACUGGAAAGCUGGCAAGCAUAACGAACGAGCUGUGUUUGAUUUGUAUUAUCGGAAGAGCCCCUUUGGUGGUGAAUACACUGUAUUUGCGGGUUUAGAAGAGUGCAUUAAAUUUGUUGCUCAUUUUAAUUUCUCGGAGGAUGAGAUUGCUUUUGUUCGUUCGUCUUUACCUGCAUCAUGCGAGGAUGGCUUCUUUGAAUAUCUUAGGGGCAUUGAUUGCUCUGAUAUUGAAAUAUAUUCGAUCAGUGAAGGAUCGGUUGUCUUCCCUAAGGUUCCGUUGAUGAGGGUUGAAGGACCAGUAGCGGUGGUCCAGCUUCUUGAAACUCCUUUUGUGAAUCUUAUAAAUUAUGCGUCAUUGGUUGCCACUAAUGCUGCCAGGCACCGUUUUGUUGCUGGGAAAUCUAAACUUCUUCUUGAAUUUGGACUUAGACGAGCACAGGGCCCUGAUGGUGGCAUUUCAGCAUCCAAAUAUUGUUACAUGGGAGGAUUUGAUGCAACAAGUAAUGUGGCAGCUGGGAAAUUGUUCGGGAUCCCGCUUCGUGGAACUCAUUCUCAUGCAUUUGUGAGCUCAUUUAUGAGUACUGCUGAGAUCAUAGACAGGUCACUUCCUAGCCGUGAUGGUACAACCAUUUGUGAUGAUUUCGUUAGUCGGGUGGAGACCUGGCUAGAAAAGCUAAAGUGGUCAAAGCGGUUAGCAGGAAUCUUUGGUGAGACCAACGGAAGUGAACUAGCUGCUUUCACCUCCUAUGCUUUGGCGUUCCCCAAUGUCUUUCUUGCCCUAGUUGACACAUAUGAUGUAGCAAGAAGUGGUAUUCCCAACUUUUGUGCAGUUGCAUUGGCCUUAAACGAUUUGGGGUAUAAAGCUGUUGGCAUUAGAUUGGACUCUGGUGAUCUUGCAUACCUCUCUUGUGAGGCUAGAAAGUUCUUUUGCUCUGUUGAGAAGGAAUUUGAAGUGCCUGAUUUUGGAAGGAUGAGCAUCACGGCUAGCAAUGACCUUAACGAGGAAACAAUAGAUGCUUUGAACAAGCAGGGUCAUGAGGUUGAUGCAUUUGGAAUUGGAACCCAUUUGGUUACAUGCUAUGCACAACCUGCAUUAGGUGUCGUUUUCAAGCUAGUUGAAAUUAACAACCAGCCUCGAAUAAAACUUUCUGAAGAUGUUUCAAAGGUAUCCAUUCCAUGUAAAAAGCGAUGUUACAGGCUAUAUGGAAAAGAAGGUUACCCUCUUGUGGACAUUAUUACGGGAGAGACUGAGCCGCCUCCUAAGGUGGGUGAACGGAUCUUGUGUCGACAUCCAUUCAAUGAGUCCAAAAGAGCAUAUGUGGUUCCACAGAAGGUCGAGGAGCUUCUGAAAUGCUUUUGGCCUGGAAGUUCAGGUAAAAGAAGAGAAGAAUUGCCACCCAUUAAAGAGAUUAGAGAUCGAUGCAUUAAACAACUGGAACAGAUGCGUCCUGAUCACAUGAGAAGGUUGAACCCAACACCUUACAAGGUUAGUGUUAGUGCGAAACUGUAUGAUUUCAUUCAUUUCCUCUGGCUCAAUGAAGCUCCCGUUGGUGAGUUGCAGUGA